AUGAGUUGGGGAUGGGUUGGGGUAAAGAGAUCAUCAGCAGGUUCACUACUGACCUCAAACACAAAGUCAAAGUUUUACACUGACUCCAACGGUCGUCAGAUGUUGGAGAGAGUUCGAAAUUACCGACCGACGUGGAAGUACAAUAACACAGAGCCAGUCACCGGCAAACUACUACCCGUGGACAGCCGCAUCUUCAUCAAGGAUGAGGAUCGUGGGGUUCAGUUCACGGUCAUGAAUGACAGAGCUCAGGGUGGGUCUUCUCUCAACGAUGGACAACUGGAGCUCAUGGUGGAGGAAGAGAGGCCAACAGAGAAGCUGUCUCCUCCGUUCACCAUUGUGCUAAAGCCAAUGGAAAUCCGCACCUUCAACAUCACCGUUACCUACUACUGAUGACUUUCACUGUCAGUAUUGUGGUUAUUGGAACUUUGUAGUGACUGAACUUCGUAAGCACCCUGUAUACAUGUAUGCAUGGUAUAGUAAUGAGAUUUUCUGUAGUAUGUUUGUUGUCCAUCUAGUAGAGAAAUGCGAUUUGUUGUCCAUCUAGUAGAGAAA